AUGAAUCCUGCCUUCGUUUGGUGGAACGAAGAACUUGGAAAUCCACCAAACAAGAUUAUUUCCGCCGUAUGCCCUUAUCCAAAAACAGUGACGCAUAUAUGGGAAAAAUUUUUUCCUUUUUUUAUUUAUUAUAUCGACAUUUGGAAACCAAUUAAUCCAAUUGAAUAUUGGGAAAGCAUAAGAACACUUAUUAAAGACUACUUCCAAGAAAUGUUUGUUCCAGAUCCAGUCAAAAACUUCGAUUUAUUUGUUCAAUUACUUUAUAAUGUCAAUAUAAGAUUUCAUCCUACAAAUGUUCAAGAUGCUCUAGAUCUGUUUGAAUCAAUCAACCCUACGAAACGAAAAAACUUUCUAUUGUUUGAAUUGCCUUUAGUAUUGAACGAUUAUUCACUUUAUAUUAAUAUAAUAUACGAAUCUUAUGCUCAUAACAACAACAUCUGGAAGGAUAUAACAUCUGAACUCAGUACAAUUUUGGCAAUUUUUGGAAACGUUUAUAUUUUGAAGAACAUUCAAACUGUCGAAGAUUCAACAUGGAGUACAAUUGUCAGAUUACUUACUAUAUUUAAGGAGCUUAUUAAGUGUAUUCCAUAUAAAUCAAGAGAAUAUCAAACAAAUAUGAAUGAUUUGCUUAAUGGAAUUACAUCUAUAGUUCCAUACGCUCCAGAUACUGCUUUGACAACGAUAUCUAGAAUCUUUUUUAAUAUUUGCAGAGAUUCAAAUCAUAGAAUUGAAAAUUUAAAAGUUUUUAUAAAUAGCUUUCUUGAAAACUUACCUCUAGGAUCAUUUGCAUUUGUAUAUAGUCUUAAAUACUGUAUUUCCAAUCAUCCAAAAACAAUAAAAAAUUUUCAUUCGAAUAUUCUCAAAAUAAUUCAUAAAACUCCAAUUAAUUCGCCAGAACAUUUCGAUUUAUAUACUAUGAUGAUGAAAUAUGGUCCAAAAGACCAAAUUUUGACCAUGAUUUAUCAAAAAUCUUUACAAAACCCUGUUUAUUAUAGAUUAGGACUCGAUAUUAUUCUUAACAACCUCGCAGAAUAUUCAAAUAACGCAAGUGUUACUCAAUGGGGAAUUUUAUUCAUCAGAAGAAUUUGUAUUUUUAUAUUGUUAGCAGCCAAUACGCGUAAAUACCUCGGAAGAUUGCCAUUUAUAUGUAAUUUCCUAUCACAAGCGCUUAAGUUUGAUCUAGAUCCUAAAGUUUCAAGACAAUUAAGAAUUUCUUUAGCCACGAUAUCAAUGAAUGAAGAUUGUCCUUUCAUUGUUCCUCAGGUAAUUGAUAGAAGUGAUGAACUAACACUGAAAGAAUAUAAAUUAAUGAAAAGUCAUGAAAUUUUAUCAAAAGAAUUGAAAUUCUUUCCAUUUUCAUCAAAGAGAUCCAAGUUUGCUAACAUUACGUUCAAGAAAUCAAAAGAACCUAAGGUAAACAAGCAAAAAAGUUUGAAAUUGAAACAAAAAACUUCAAGUAAUUCUCAAAAGUCUGAAAUACAAAAAGGAUCUGAUAAGAUACAUCCAAGAAAAACUAUUACAAUAGAUGAUGAAUAUCAAACUCCAAUUUUUGGAAAAAUUCCGAUUCGGAAAAACGCAAAAAAAGGAGAUAAUGAUAGUUUGCGGAUACUAAAGCUGCAGCCAUUGCAAUCUAAGAGUGUUGCUCCACAAACAAAGAAGCACAAAAUUAAAACUCUAAAAAAUGAUCUAAAAAAUACGAGUCAGAAGCAACAACCUAAAUCAUUGCUCUAUGGUAGCAUUUCCAAAGGCAGGAUUGAUUUGAGUGAGAAGCCAAACACCUCAAAAUCUUUUUCCAAUUUCAAAAAGAACAAAAUCGGAAAUAAAAAGGCAAAAAGAACUGAAAAGAAAAGUGAAGUUCAAUUUUUGCCACAACCUCCUGAUUCAUUAUCUUACACUCCAGCAAUAAAUCCCAGGAGGAGGCAAGUUAUUAGAGAUCCAACGGCCACGUUCGAAACAAAUGAUAUCAUAUUUGCUGAGUUGCCAAAUCUUGCUUCAAAGCCUACUAAUUUUGUUUGGUAG